UGUAAUUUAUUAAUUAUACGAGGGCCUGUUAGUUAUACUUUACAUCAGGUCAAGGAAGAUAAAAUAAAUAAAUAAAAACAAGCGCAUUCUCUAGUGGAAUAAUCAAAAUUAUAACACAUUAUCUCUAAACCCGAAUACAAGUUUUAAAGGGACUUUCAUUAGUGGAGAGCAAAAAUGCUGCAGCAAGAACAGUUGCUGAAGGUCGACCGACCAUGUCCUGAUCCUGAUCCCAAAGUGGCAGCUGAUACCGCAGCUCCACCAAGCACGUACCAGAUGCGCCCGUCUUUGGAACAAACUUUCAAAUCGGAGAAAAUUAAACAAAUUAUUAAUACGGUCCUCAAUGAUACUCUAACCGGACAAACCUAUUCUGCCGUGGACGCUACACGAUGGACCAAAUCGCUGGCGGACGAGAUCAGUCUCAAGGUCAAGGAUCUGGAAAUGAGACGGUACAAACAUGUAGUUCAGGUGAUGCUUGGUCAACAGUUGGGUGCUGGCUGUAAGUACAUAGCACGCUGCCGAUGGGAUGCAGAGUGUGAUAGUCAAACCUCGGGAGAGUUCAAGAAUGCCACCAUCUUUUGCGUCGUCACCGUGUUCGGAUUGUAUCUGUAUUGA